GCCGAACUAUUUAAAUAAAACGAAUGAUCUGCAAACCAUUAAUUGUGAUCUUGAAAGCGAAAGGUACAACAAAUCCAUCCUCCUGAGGGAACUGCUGAUUUGCUAGAGCAACGUGUUGAAAUGAAAAGUGCAUUGCUGGUUUUGGCCGUGAUCCUCGGCUGUAAUGGUCAAGGAUAUCAAGGAUAUUACUACCCCAAGCCAAGCAUUCCACUUGAACCAGCGCCUGUUUGUUCAACAUCGUAUGUAACGCAGACCCUCCGAGAAGCCGUCCAAGUUCCUGUAUAUUACACAUCAACCGUGGUGGAUCGGCAAUACUUCACAGUGUUUUCCACCGUCGUUCAACCAGUGACCCAAAUUGAAACCCAAACAAGAACAGUGGUUAUAACGCCAAGUCCCGUGAUCCUAUAUUCCACUAUCGUGUCCACCGUAACGGCUUUCAGCGGCAUUCAGGAUGAUAGCAGCAGCAAUCAACAAUCCUUGAACAACGGUUAUCUUCCUCCACCGGUAGUAAGUGACGAUGCUCGGGGUCGUCCAAAUAAUGAGUACCUGCCUCCAUGUGGAGAAGAGUCUCGAAGCAACACAGGGGUUAACAUUUUGAGCCUUGCUGGUGUUGAUAGUGAUGCUGUUAGCCAAAAUAGUGUACGGUUCAACCCACUGGAACAGCAGCAAAUUUCGCUCAAUCUCGGAGCGUUGCCUCCGUACUGA